AUGGCCGAGAAAAUCAGUUUCAGCACUCAAAUCUCCGGUAGAGUUCGCCUCGCCACAGAAUCAGACGUGCCACAUCUCCACAAACUCAUGUAUCAAAUGGCAAAAUAUCAUAACUAUGCUAAGGUCUUUAACGCCACUGAGGCUUCCAUCUCUACGAAUCUUUUCAAAUCUAAUCCUUGCCCGCCUUUCUACUCAAAAACCAUUAAUCUUGACUCACCUAUAGUAGACCCAGAAUCAGAACUGUUUAGAACCAAUGAAGAUGAUAUUUUCAUAGCUGGCUAUAUCCUAUUUUUUCCUAGCUAUUCAGGUUACUUUGAGAAACCUGGUUUCUUUAUUGAAAACAUGUAUGUUAGGGAGUGUUAUCGAAAAUAUGGAUUUGGAAAAAUACUAUUUUCUGCUGUGGCCUCGCAGGCGGCUAAAAUGGGGUUCUCCACAGUUGAUUGGCUUACAGUUGGGUGGAACGUUGACGCCAUUGAUUUCUAUCUUGGGAUGGGGGCUUAUAUUAUGGCAGAUGUUAAGCGUUUUAGGCUUUCUGGUAAUGGGCUUGAUGCAUUUGCUUCAAGUGAGGAUGCUGACAAGUUUAGAUAA